AUGAUUUCUGCGAAGAGAUGCACAAACUUGAGCAGAAAAAAUGUUUCAACCAUUCAAACAAGGAGUUUAUUCGGUGGAUUUGGUUUGCCUGAUUUUAGUACUGGGAAUGAAAAUGAGUUUUAUAAAGAAAGCAAAGUUUUGCCAUAUGCGCAGAGAGAUCUCUACAAUUUAGUAGCAAAUGUUAAUGAAUAUAAACAUUUCGUGCCGUAUUGCACACAUUCUCGCAUUCUUACAAAAGGUCCGAUCGAUCUACAGAAGUCAGGCGCAGUGGAAGCGGAAUUGGGCGUCGGUUUUCAAGGUUUUGAAGAGCGCUAUAAUAGUAUAGUGACGUUAGAUCCUUACAAAUCUGUGACUGUAUGUUUUCACAUCCUUUUUCACACACCACUUUUCAAAACCCUCCAAACAAAAUAUACGUUUACACCUAAAGCACAACACACUGAACUCGCGAUUGAAUUGGAGUAUGCCUUCGCUAAUCCGCUCUAUGCUACCUUAUCAUCGACCUUCUUCAGCGGUGUGAGCGCCCAGAUGGUCAAAGCAUUCGAAGAGAGAGCUAAGAUCAUUUGUAAUAGAUAA